UUUUCUCUCAGUUGUGUAUUAUUGUUCAUUCGGAUCAGUUCGUAAAAGUCUAAAUUUCUUUUUUCUUUUUUUUUGAGAUUGUCCCUCAUUCGAAAUUUAAGAGAUCUUUUUGCCUCACAAGAUGUCUGACGAUAAACCCUUCAAUCCUUUCUACAUUGGACCACAUCCGAGCAUGGCAUGUGCUCCAACAGAGACCUCAACAGCGAAUCAGUGCACCGAUACAGCAAAGGAAGAGAAGCAGGAUGCACAGUCUACUACUGCUACAGCUGCUACAGCUGCCAAUGGGGAAGUGAAGCCUUGCGACUCAGAGCCUUGCAAAGAAGGAGAAGCGCAGCAAAGUUAGCAAAUAACACGAAGAGGGACAAUCGCAUCGCACCAGCUAAUUAAAUUCAGAAAUUCAUUGUGCAUGAA